AUUUUAGAAGACUUGUGAAAGUCUACUCCUUUCCCCCUUGCUGCUUCCCUUCCUUCCUCCUGCCAGCCCUUAUAAUCUCUCUCUCUCUCUCUCUCUCUCUCUCUCUCUCCGCUCAAUCAAUCAAACUAUUCGUCAGAUUUCUCUUUCUCUUCCAAAAACCCUUUCGUUUCCCUCUCUCUCUCUCUACACCCUUUCGUUUUCUACUCUUUCUCUCUCUAAAUUCUCUCUCUCUCUCUGUCAUGGCUUCCGAUCUUGAACUCAAAGCCAAAGAGGCCUUUGUUGAAGACCACUUUGAAUUAGCCGUGGAACUUCUCACACAAGCCAUUGAUCUUGACCCUAAAAUUUCAACACUUUUUGCUGAUCGUGCUCAGGCCAAUAUCAAACUCAAUAACUUCACUGAGGCUGUUGCUGAUGCAAACAAAGCAAUUGAGUUGGAUCCUUCUCUAUCAAAGGCAUAUAUGCGCAAAGGUAUUGCAUGCAUGAAGCUUGAGGAAUAUCAGACUGCUAAGACCGCUUUGGAGACAGGUGCCUCAUUGGCAGAGGACAAAUCAAGAUUUGUUAAUUUGAUCAAAGAAUGUGAAAAACUCAUUGCAGAAGAAUCUUAUACCAUACCUACACAGGAAAAGUCCACAGCACAGGAUGCAAUUCCUCAAGAUGUUCAGCUACAAGAUCUUGCAGAGAAGCCGAUAGUGGCGGUUGCUAAGCCUAAAUAUAGGCAUGAAUUUUAUCAGAAACCUGAAGAAGUGGUUGUGACCAUAUUUGCAAAGGGGGUCUCAAAAGAAAGCAUUACUGUCGAAUUUGGUGAACAAAUACUAAGUGUCAAAAUUGAUGUCCCUGGAGAAGAUUCAUAUGUUUUACAAAAUCGCUUGUUUGGAAAGAUUGUACCUUCCAGUUGCCGGUAUGAAGUUUUGUCCACCAAAAUUGAAAUUCGCCUUGCUAAAGCUGAAUCUAUUCACUGGAAGUCCCUUGAAUUCACCACAGAAACCACUGUUGCACCGAGGGCUAUUGUCUCUUCAGUUACUGGAACUCAAAGACCUACUUACCCUUCCUCAAAACCGAAAAGAGUAGAUUGGGAUAAGCUUGAAGCUCAAGUUAAGAAAGAGGAAAAAGAUGAAAACCUUGAUGGCGAUGCUGCAUUGAACAAAUUUUUCCGAGAAAUAUAUCAAGAUGCUGAUGAGGAUACUAGAAGAGCAAUGAAAAAAUCAUUUGUGGAGUCUAAUGGAACAGUGCUGUCAACAAACUGGAAAGAAGUGGGAACAAAGAAGGUUGAAGGAAGUCCUCCAGAUGGCAUGGAAUUGAAGAAAUGGGAAUAUUAAUAGCUUUUUUAUGAAUCAAUCUUAUGUCUCUACAUUACAUUGUUUUGAAGCAUUAUACUUUGGAAUUUGAAUGCUUAAUUUUGGUUACAAUAUGAUGAUGUAUAUCUACAUUUGUGGUUCAGUUUUUUUUUUCUCUAUUUGGUGAAUACAAUGCAUAUUCUGGUUUA